AUCGCGUGUGUAAAGUGGGACGGGGCUUGUUGGGCUUUGACACGAAAUCUGAGAUUUGACUCCGACUUUAGCCGCGCUCUAGUUUUGAGCAUGUAAGGCUUCUGUUUACGAGAACAACUUCUUCAUCGACGGUGUUUUUGUAGGCGGCCGAAGACAUUUUAAGAGGAUAAUCGGGGAGUCACAGUGGAGCUGCAGAGCCCGGAACCAGGGGCCCCGUCGGCAAGAACUCGUCACCCCAUCGCCCUGUGAAGAUAUUCUGUACCCCAGCUUCCUGAUUAUGUGAAACUGCCUGAACAGUACAUAUUCUCAGAAAGUUCAGUCAGAGACAGAAGUCAAGAUGUCCAUCACCAACACACCUACCAGCAACGAUGCCUGUCUGAGCAUUGUGCACAGCCUCAUGUGUCACAGACAGGGUGGUGAGAGUGAGACCUUUGCCAAGCGGGCCAUCGAGAGCUUGGUGAAAAAGCUGAAGGAGAAGAAAGAUGAGCUUGACUCCCUGAUCACAGCCAUCACCACCAAUGGGGCCCAUCCCAGCAAGUGUGUGACCAUCCAGAGGACACUGGAUGGACGGCUGCAGGUUGCAGGCCGUAAAGGGUUUCCUCAUGUCAUCUAUGCCCGGUUGUGGCGCUGGCCUGACCUGCAUAAGAAUGAACUGAAGCACGUGAAAUACUGCCAGUUUGCCUUCGACCUGAAGUGUGAUAAUGUGUGUGUGAACCCCUAUCACUAUGAGAGAGUGGUGUCUCCUGGCAUAGACUUAUCAGGACUGACACUAACCCCGUCUGGACCCAGCUCAGGACUGAUAAAGGAUGAGUAUGAUUUUGAUGGACCUCAAAGUCUACCCUCCCUUGAUGGAGGACACUCCCUCCAGACCAUCCAGCAUCCCCCAUCAGGCAGCCGCCCGGCCCCUUCUGAAGCAUUUGCAACCCCGAACCUGCUCACACCUGCUGAGGCUUCCACCUCUGCCUCAACGUCGUCUUUCCCCGCCAUCGCUGCUGGAUCAGGCAGUGCCAGCUCAACCUGGUCCAGGAACAGCAGCUUCACCCCUAACUUACCCCACCACACCAACGGUCAUCUGCAGCACCACCCACCCAUGCCACACCCGACACACUACUGGCCGGUGCAUAAUGAGCUCGCUUUUCAGCCUCCCAUAUCCAAUCACCCAGCUCCUGACUACUGGUGCUCCAUUGCCUACUUUGAGAUGGAUGUGCAAGUCGGCGAGACGUUUAAGGUGCCCUCCUCCUGCCCCAUCGUGACGGUGGACGGCUAUGUGGACCCCUCAGGAGGAGACCGGUUCUGCUUAGGCCAGCUAAGCAACGUCCAUCGCACUGAGGCUAUUGAAAGAGCGAGGCUUCACAUUGGCAAAGGGGUUCAGCUGGAGUGUAAGGGCGAGGGAGACGUGUGGGUACGGUGCCUUAGUGACCACGCAGUGUUUGUUCAGAGUUACUACCUGGACAGAGAGGCAGGCCGAGCCCCUGGAGACGCCGUGCACAAAAUCUACCCCAGCGCUUACAUCAAGGUGUUUGACCUUCGUCAGUGUCACAGGCAGAUGCAACAGCAGGCUGCCACAGCUCAGGCAGCAGCUGCAGCCCAAGCAGCUGCUGUGGCUGGGAAUAUACCUGGACCGGGAUCAGUGGGAGGGAUAGCUCCUGCUAUAAGUUUGUCAGCAGCAGCCGGUAUCGGGGUAGAUGACCUCCGGAGGCUGUGUAUUCUCAGGAUGAGCUUUGUAAAGGGCUGGGGGCCGGACUACCCCCGCCAGAGCAUCAAGGAGACCCCGUGCUGGAUCGAGAUCCAUCUGCACAGAGCUCUGCAGUUACUGGACGAGGUUCUGCACACGAUGCCCAUAGCAGACCCUCAGCCUCUGGACUGAGCUCGUCAUCACUGCAGCACCACACUGCAGCGUCAAGCGGAAAAGUCUUCCUCAGUGAACAGUUUUGUGUGGAGAAAUCGGUGAAACAGCUGUGACUCUGAAGCUUACGCAUAAGGAGAAAAAAAAACAACCUUUCAGGUGUGUUUGAAGCACCUUUGUGCACUGUGGCCCCCCCAACUUAUGUUUUUAAAGCAGAAGGGACACUAAAAUGAACCAAAGCCAUUUAUUACACAAAUACACAUCUGUAUUUAUGAUAGAUGGCUUUGAUUUGUGCUGACUGGAAUGAUGAACUGUAAGACGUCUCAGAUAAUUACAGUAACACAACGUGCAUAUUCAAGACCUGUGAUACUGGAAUGUACUCUGCGUCCACAACCACCAACUACUGAUGGACACUCUGAUCAACUGAACCAUUUUUAACAUCACAGAGCUGUUCUGAAAGGCUCUUACAUCCAGUGUUUGCACACCAGAGUACUGCUGGUUUUGUCGAGUUUUCAUUCAAGCUGUUACAAAGCUGUUUUACAUCCAGGAUGAUGAGCACGUUCAGUCUGCAGUGGGGCUGAAUGUUAAAGAAGCAGCAGCACUCUGAGUGGCGACGAUCACUGCCCAAAUAUCGCAGAAUGAAAUGACACACCACCGAGCCUAAUGCAGAUUCACAACCUUUGAACUGAAGCAAAAGUACAAGUUUGGACCUUAAGACCAGGCUGUGUGACUGCUGGUGUCUGUAACUGAAUCUCAAAUCAGUCCAAUACUCUCAAUUAAAGUCAAAAUGGACCCCCCACCCCCCAGUAAAGGUUUAAUCUUGACUCAGUAAGAGACCCUCUUUAUACUGGAUUAACCAAUCAAUCUCAAAUGGUAAAUUUUCAUGUCGACAGCCCUAAAUUCAACCUCAAAGACACAUAGAGAUCCAUUUGGUAAAACCACUUACCAAGCUAAUCUGAAAAACAUUCGACCAUACACUGUUUUUUUGGGGGGGUGAGUGCCUCACUAAUGGCUGUAACAGACAUUAAUUCAUCAAUGCAGGAUGUGCUGCACCGUCUCAGGCUUAUUAUGCAAGUCACCUAUUACUUUUCCUGCCAAUCUCAACAGGUGGGGCACUGUGUAUGUGUACUGUAUAUCAUUUAUUGUCAUUAAUUUAAACAAUAAUGGCCCUUGUCUGGCUACUGACUGAAUUAACCUGACAGCAGCAGCAGCAGCAGCGACAUCUGUGGAAACAUAUAUCUGAACAUAAGUGGGUCGCCGCUAAACUUUGGAAAUGCAUCAUAGAAACACAUGGACGGGGAUGUUUUGUGCGUCGAGUAUGAACCGGGUCAGAGUGAAGACAAGAUGCUCACCAUGCAGUCGUCUUUUCUUACUCUGACGGGUUGUGUGUGUUAGACUUCAGUCAGAAAACAGAAGAGGCAGACGGUUAACGUAAGGCGUCUGAGAUGUCAUCACAGAACUAGUAUAGCAGGGUGUCUCUACGGAAGCCCUUAAGCAGACAAAUAUCCAUACCUUUGAUUUAAUCCUCUCGAGAUAACAAACGCUGGUUUUUACCCUGAUAUGUCAAUCACAGUUGUUUUUUUCUUUUUUUUGUAGAUCUUUUUUUUUUUCCUUCUCUAGGUAUCUCGAACUGAAAUGAACCAAUCACAGAGUUUAUAAAAUGUACUGAUGCAUGUCUGCUUAGGGCUUCCGUACUUCUCGAUGUUUUGGCAAGCCAAAGUACUUCAUGCUCACAAACGUGCUGUGAGUGGAGUACGAUCACUGCCAGUGUGCUGCUGGACUGUGCCACAGUUGAGUUGAUUUUCAUUUUUUAGUAAGAGUUUUUAAAGUCUAAUUGUUUACUUUCAUUCAACUUCAAUUUUAUAGUUUUUUAUCUUAAAUCAUACCCGACAUUAAUCGUUGUAUUUAAACUGCCCACUUAUAAACUACUUGAUCCAGGUGUUUUAUUUUGGUAUAGUUUACUGACAGAGAGGAGAGAAGACAGUAUCCCAGCGUCGAUAUAUAUUUUUAUGGUUUUAUUUUGUUACUUUUUAUGGAUUGAGUUGUAUUAUGUUUGUAGCACUUUACUUUUGUUUUCCUGUUUAUAACACAGUAACUCUUAUCUUGAGGUGGUCUUCCUGCGAUGUUGAUAAGGGAUUGAAAAGGUUGGUUUAUAUUUUCAGUAGGAUUUUUCAGCAGAAGACACAUUGUGAUGCAUUUGUAUUGAGAAUGUAACACUAAGACACCUUUUUUUUUUUUUUUUUUUUUUUUUUAACUUUCUUUCCUGACACACUAUAGACAUUUUACACACAUCUGUAGGGUUUCUUCAAAGUCUUUCUCUUUGAUUGCGGUUUUUUUUUCUCCUUCUUUAUAAUCCAUGUAAAUAACUUUUUUUGAAACGCAUGUCAAUGUUUGCAUGAAAUUUAAAGGCAAAUAGAUCCCCUUAUUCCUAUUUCACUUAAAGAAACUUCAUCACCUGCUUUGGGCCCCGUGUUCACCUAGCGUUUGUUUCUGAGCACCAGUGUCUUUUUUUCCCCCCAAUUGUUUUCAAUGAGGAGAGAUUGUCGCAGCAGCGGAGCGCUCCGUGUUUUUGGUGCGAUUUGUUUGAGCGCUCAAGUUGAAAAUCAAGUUCAAAACCUUUCAGAAAGGAGCUUUUGACUUCACCGGUGCUCUUUCCAAAUGUAUGAUGCAAUCUGUAGUGUUGUCACCUACGGAUCACAGCUUGUACCCACAUGCUCCGUGUCUGAUCGGGAAAUAAACUAAAUACAGCAAAAAGGAACGGAGCGGUGUCGAUCAUACAGCUGCUGUUGUCAACAGACUGUUGUCAUAGAGACAGGAAGGAUAUGCAAGUGCUCCUGAGUGCACAGCCAGCGCUUUCCUGCCUGGUUGAAACAUUAGGUGGACACGGGGCCUUGCACAGGUAAAUGUCAGUAGUAUAGAAAUCACUAGUAGCUGCUUUACGCUGGUGUGCUGCAUGUUGCUGCUAUAUCAGAGCAACAUGAAAGGCUAAUCGAGGGAAGCUACAUAGUUAUAACUGAUGUGAACGAUCCAGCUGAAUUAUGUAAACUCAACGUUUUAACAGCCGAGCUCUCAAAGAAUUCAACUAUUCUUCUUGAAAUGUGUUAAUGCAAGAACAUCAGUUAUCAGUGUGCAGCCUGAAGGUAAACGAGAACAUGAAGCAUGCUGCACAGAAGUAAUUUGAUCACAGUAAACCCCCUCCUCCUCCUCCUCCUCCCCUCGCCCUCCCUCUCCUCCUCCUCCUCCUACACCCAGCUGCAUGCGAUACAUUCUGUUCUGUUUGAAAGGCAUUUGUUUGUUUUAGAUAAAUCAUACUGAAUAGGAUUUGAACAUCUGUUCAUGCUUAUUUUUUUUUUCAUAUCAAACUGCCACACUGAAUAUUCUUUUUGUAUUUUAGCAUUGCUAUUUGAUCAUUUCCAUCUUUUAGUUCAAAUUAAGGGUCUUCAUGUCACACACCUGACCCGCUUUGCUAUUGUUCUGUCCCGGUCUCCCCCCCCCCCCUCCCUUUUUUUCUUUUUUGGUUACUUCACUAUAAUUUGAGUCGCAUUGUUUGAAGAAGUUUAUCCUACAUCAGGGAUGAAGAGAGUCUAGAUUUUGAUUUGUUUACAAAAUGAUGCGUUGGAUGUUUAAAUGGCAGGAAACAGGAUAUUUUAUGAUUCUAUGUAACUGAAAGAACUGAUGUUGAACUCAUUCUGGAGAUCUUAUCUGUUAUAUUUUGUGCUUGAAAGUGGACAGAUGUUUUUAUAUUACUUGCAGUUAUUAUUGUAGGAGCCGAAAGACACAGCUCCAACGAGUUGAUGUUGACUACUAUGACAGAUUGCAGAUGCAAAUUUGACCUGUAUUUCUUAUGUGAAAGUGUUAUUAAACAAGGAGUUGUAUUCUCUAA